AUGACAAGUGUGCUUUGUAUGGUUAGAAAGACAUCCAAAGAUCAUUUUGGGGGGCCAUCGUGUCAAGUUUCUCUUGGAGCCAGUACUGCAUCAGAUCAACUUCUUCUGCUUAUUUCUCUUGAGCUGAGCAACUAUAUACAUCAUAUUUCUUCCAUUGCAUCUUCUUCCUCAGGAAAUGGUUCUACUUCUGCUAAAUCUACUGAUAGUGGUAGAGAUAUUGUUGAAAGCCCCAAUCAGUUCUUGAAAUCUGUCAGAGAUCGAUGCAGAUCUCGUAGCUUUAGGAAUCUUGAUGAUUCCUUAGGCGUGUUUGGUAGAAUGCUUCGCAUGCACCCUUUGCCUUCCCUCGUGAAUUUUAAUCAAUUGCUGGGUGCAAUCGCAAGAAUGAAGCAUCACUCAACUGUUAUUACUUUGAUUAAAGAAAUGGAACAGUCAGGAAUUGCUCCCGAUGCUUGUACUCUAAGGGUUCUGACUAAUUGCUUCUGUCAUUUGAACCGGGUGGAUUUCGGCUUCUCUAUCUUAGCAAGAAUUUUGAAAUUUGGUUUUCAACCGGAUUGUAUAAUUCUAACAACUCUUGUCAAUGGGCUGUGUCUUCAAGGUAAAAUUGUUGAAGCUGUGAAGUUGGUUAACAAAAUGGAGAAAAUAGGCUAUAAACCUAAUACAAUUACCUACGGAACGAUAAUGAAUUGUUUGUGUAAAAUAGGUAAGACUAGUGAAGCUAUUGGGUUGUUUAGAAAGAUGAAAGAAAGAAAUUUUGAUCUUAAUGUAGUGUUUGUAUAG